ACCCAAACCCUAGCUGGCUCGUUUGUCUCCGAACCAACCUCUCUCUGUUCUUCCCCCAAAUCCUACUCUGCUUCUCCGCCGUCAAAUCCUUCUCUUCCCCAGCAGCGCCGGUCAUCUCCUCCACUUCUCGUCAGAGCCCAGCCACCGUUGCUCCCCGACCCUCUACUCUCAACAAUGAGCAACAACAUAUCAAUGGAAGAAGAGGACGGUUUCGGCGCCAAGAAGCUCUUCAAUCAGGGCUUCUCAUACACCUACGACGACGUCAUCUUCCUCCCUCACUACAUCGACUUCCCCACCGACGCCGUCUCCCUCUCCACCAAGCUUUCCCGCAACAUCCCUCUCUCCAUCCCCUGCGUCUCCUCUCCCAUGGACACGGUCACCGAGUCCCACAUGGCGGCCGCCAUGGCCGCACUCGGCGGAAUCGGCAUCGUCCACUACAACACAACUCCCUCAGCCCAGGCCGCAUUCAUCCGGUCAGUCAAAUCCCGUCGCGUCCCGCUUCAAUCAAGUCCAAUCAUCUUCUCCCCUGACUCCCGAAUCGUCAACGAAUUCGACGAUCCCGCCGUCCCCUGCGUCCUCGUCACCCAAUCCGGCAAGCCCAAUUCGAAGCUCUUGGGCUACGUCGCCCGGUCCGAUUGGUCCGGCGAGAAGCAGGGAGCAAAGCUUUCCGAUUACAUGAGACCCGCCGACGAAUCGCUCGUCGUGCCGUCCAAUUACGAUUUGUACAAGCUGGAUUCCCACCUGAAGCAGCAGGAGCGGGAGCGGGAUUUCGCGGUGCUGGCGGAGGAAGGAGGAGUGGUGGAUGUGGUUACCAAGGAGGAUGUGGAGAAGGUGAAGGGAUACCCGAAGCUGGGGAAGGGGACGCUGAGCUCCGACGGAUCGUGGAUGGUUGGAGCGGCGAUUGGUACUAGAGACUCCGACAAGGAACGGCUGGAGCUUUUGGUGAAGGCAGGGGUUGAUGUUGUGGUUCUCGAUAGCUCUCAAGGGAACUCGAUUUACCAGAUUGAAAUGAUCAAGUACGUGAAGCGGACUUAUCCGCAGCUUGAUGUGAUUGGCGGGAACGUGGUGACGAUGAGUCAAGCUCAGAACUUGAUUGCUGCGGGUGUCGAUGGAUUGAGAGUGGGAAUGGGGUCUGGUUCGAUUUGUACUACCCAGGAGGUUUGCGCGGUUGGGCGUGGCCAGGCAACGGCUGUUUACAAAGUUGCUUCUGUAGCUUCGCAGAGCGGUGUCCCUGUAAUUGCAGAUGGUGGGAUUCAAUAUUCUGGGCAGAUUGUGAAGGCAUUGGUUUUGGGAGCAUCUACUGUGAUGAUGGGGGGAUUUUUAGCUGGAAGUACUGAAGCUCCUGGCCAGUACGUGAACAAGGAUGGGACUAGGGUGAAGAAGUAUAGAGGGAUGGGUUCACUGGAGGCGAUGAGCAAAGGGAGCGAUCAGAGGUACUUGGGGGACAAGUCCAAGCUGAAGAUUGCACAGGGAGUAGUCGGAGCGAUGCCGGAUAAAGGCUCUGUAUUGGAGUUUGUACCUUACACCAUGCAAGCAGUAAAGCAAGGGUUUCAGGAUCUGGGUGCCUCUUCUCUGCAUUCCGCGCAUGAAUUGCUGAGGUCCCAAACUCUGAGGCUUGAGGUCCGGACUGGAGCAGCGAUAAGUGAAGGUGGAGUACACAGCCUGCAUUCUUUCGUGAAGAAAAGCUUUUGAAUUUCGUGAAGAAAAACAAUCGGACUGGGAAUAUGCUCCUGAGUCCUGAGGGAAGGAUGGGCUAGAGGGGAGAUCAUCAACAUCUUUGAACUGAUGAAGAAGUGCAUUUGGCGCCAAUUCCAUAGGGAUGCUUUUGGAAGAGUUGUAGUUACGAGUGUUUUUCUUUGGACCUAGAUGGACUGCUUCUCGCUUGCUUGUAUUGGAUCUUAGAAGGUUUUGGGGUUUGCCUUUGUCAAAUUGUGGUGGGAGCACUCUUCUAGAUAUAGAGGAGAGCAUCUAUUCUAUCGAGUCCUUUUGCUCGAGUUCAUGAGCAUGGUCGUGGUUAUUGGUUAAGGACGUCAACUUCCUACUCUGUCCUCAGAGCAACUUAUCAGAACGAGAAUCGAUGGUGUAGAAGACUUGGUCAAUUGACUCAAUUUAACGUUUACUUAGCUGCUUUACAAGUUGAACUAGAGUAUCGUUUCCAAGGCUUUCAGUUUCUGCUUUUUUUCAGAAAUGUAUGUGUUGCAGGAUGGAUACUCUGAUUAAAAUUAUACGAUCUCU